AUGGCCUACGACCCUUCAGGCGGCUAUGCCGCUGCCGCCAGUAACAUCCCGGACGCCUAUGACCCCUCGCUGCCCGUCUUCGAUGUACAGCGAGUCCAGCUCCGCUUCGAUAUCUCGUCCGACUUCGUCGCCGCCCAAGUCGCCAACAACGUUCUGAUCCUCGCCCUCUCUACUGGCCGUAUCCUGCGAUUUGAUCUUGACAGUCCCGAGGACAUUGACGACAUCGACCUUCCCAAGAAACCUUCCGAAAUUGGUGUCAUCCGCCGUCUAUUCCUGGACCCUUCAGCCUCGCAUCUUGUCAUCUCGACCACUCAAGGCGAAAACUACUAUCUACACACCCAGUCUCGCACUCCAAAGCCGUUGGCCCGCCUGAAAGGCGUCCAGAUUGAAUCCAUUGCUUGGAACCCGUCGCAACCGACUGCUUCCACCAGAGAGAUCUUGAUAGGUGCUUCCGAUGGCAACAUCUACGAAACAUACAUCGAGCCCAGUACCGAGUUCUACAGAAGAGAAGAAAAGUAUCUGAAGACCUUAUAUAACGUACAUGAUGGUCCCAUUGUUGGUCUGUCCGUCGAUAUCACCUCCGAUGCGCGCAGUGUUCUGGUGGCCACCCCUACACGGUUGUUGCUCUUUGUAGGCAAAGGCGGUCGUCAAGACAGUGGUUCAAUCUAUCCUAGGCUUCUUGAGCGGGAAACACCUGUGAUACAUCAUCUCAAGGAUGCGACUUCAGGUCCCUCAACUUUGGUCAGCAUCUCUGAGCCGGCAGAUGCGUCCCUGUCAGAGUCUGCGCAGGAGAAUGUCUUUGCUUGGCUUAGUUCUCAAGGUGUUCUGCAUGGGGACUUUGCUGCUUUGGUUAAAAAUGCAGAAAAUGAUCCGUUCUCAUCAGCGAAAUUGUUACCAAAGUCGACCAUACCUCCUUCUCAGACCUCCGGAGGCCGUAACAAGCCAUCAAUGGAGCCCGUCUCAUCCAUAUCCUUGACACAAUUCCACAUCCUCCAUUUGAUCGAAGGUCGUGUGGUGGCGAUCAACAGACUUGAUGGCAGCCUGGUGUAUGAUCAGCUUGUUCUAGAACCUGGCAAUGCGCCGCUAGGUCUUUAUGCAGACCAUAAGAAGAACACAUAUUGGCUUUUCACUCAGCGUGAGAUCUUUGAAGUCGUUGUAACGGAUGAAGCCAGGGAUGUGUGGAAAAUCAUGCUCCGAAAUGAGCAAUUCGAUGCGGCAUCGCGCUACGCCAAGACUGCAGCGCAGAAAGAUGUUGUUGCUACCGCAUCUGGAGAUCAUUUGGUGUCCCGAGGUCGCUUCUCAGAAGCUGCCACUGUAUAUGGCAGGAGCACAAAGCCAUUUGAAGAAGUCGCGCUCACCUUUAUUGACCAGGGAGAACAAGAUGCCCUGAGAAAGUACCUCUUGACAAAACUCUCCGUCCUCAAGAGAUCCUCAACUAUGCAGAGAAUUAUGGUCGCCAGUUGGUUGGUUGAGCUUUUCAUGGCAAAGUUGAACCUCUUGGACGAUACUAUCUCGGCCAAAGCAGAACUCUCUGAAGCAGCUCCUAUCGCCAAUGUACAAGAAGACUUACCUUCUAUGCGCCGCGAAUUCCAGGAGUUUGUCUCCAAGUACAAAUCGGACCUGGAUAGAAAGACCACCUAUGAGCUGAUCAGUAGCCAUGGUCGAGAAGAGGAAUUACUCUAUUUCGCAAACGUUAUCGAUGACUUUAACUAUGUUCUGUCAUACUGGGUGCAGAGAGAACGAUGGCAAGAGGCUAUGUCGGUUCUCAAAAAGCAAACAGAUCCAGAGAUUUUCUAUCAGUACAGCAGUGUGCUUAUGACGCAUGUCGCUGUGGAGCUUGUGGAAGUCAUGAUGCGACAAAACAAUCUAGAGGCUAACAAACUAAUCCCGGCUCUGCUCAAUUACAACAAAACCGCGGACGUCUCACUAAAUCAGAAUCAAGCCGUUCGCUAUCUCCAGUUCUGCAUCAAUCAAAGACAUUCAACGGAGACUGCAGUCCACAACACUCUAGUUUCCAUCUACGCUGCACACCCGACACAAGAUGAAACUGCACUCUUCCAGUAUCUUCAGACACAAAGUGCUUCUCAUGAGCAAAAUUACGAUGCGGACUUUGCUCUUCGUCUCUGUAUUGCCCACCAGCGUGUUCAGUCGUGUGUGCACAUCUACUGCACUAUGAACCAAUAUGCUCAAGCCGUGGACAUGGCGCUCAAGCACGAUCAAAUGGAUCUGGCUGCAAACGUCGCCGAUCGACCUGGAAACGAUCCAGCUCUGCGCAAGAAGUUGUGGUUGAAGGUUGCCAAAAAGGUUAUUGGCCAGAGCAAAGGUAUCAAGGCUGCCAUGGACUUCCUCAAGCGCUGCGAAUUAUUACGCAUCGAAGACUUGAUUCCUUUCUUCCCAGACUUUGUGGUCAUUGAUGAUUUCAAGGAAGAGAUUUGCGCUGCUCUCGAAGAAUACUCACGCCAGAUCGAGGGAUUGAAGCGAGAAAUGGACGAAAGUGCGAACACGGCGCAACACAUCAAAGAGGAUAUUAAGUCCCUCGACCAAAGAUAUGCCAUUGUCGAACCUGGCGAGAAGUGCUGGAGCUGCAGGCUUCCACUGUUGAUGCGCCAGUUCUUUGUGUUCCCUUGUCAGCACUCUUUCCACGCCGAUUGCCUUGGCAAGAUGGUGCUGCAGAGCGUUGGUAUGGGCAAAGGCAAGCGCAUCAAGGAACUACAGACCGAAGUCGGCCGAGCUGUUGUCACAGGCAAGAAACGAGAACGUAUGGUCAAAGAGCUGGAUGCCCUUGUCGCCGGCGCUUGGUAA